UCGGCCCCGAGGCGGGAGUGGGGCUGGACUCCAACCGUGCAGCUUCGACUCCGGAGCGGGGCUCUGAGUAAAACAUCGAGAGGAGCAACUUCACUAGUUGCAAAACUAAGAAGUGUUCGCGGAAGGAAAUCUAGACUUUAAAGCCAUAGCUAGAAGACAGGAAACAAUCCCAUCUCAUCACUGCUAAUAGUCCCAGGGACACCUUAAGAACUUUCUACUCUGCUUAUAAAUUUUUUUGGAGCUGUUGUUGUUGACGAUGAUGAUGUUGAAUUUUUUGGUAGUUGUUAUUGUUGUUGAUGACGAUGAUAUUGUUGCUUUUUUAAAUUGUGGUAAAAUACACAUAAAAUUUACCACCUUAACCAUUUUGGAGUUCAGUGGCAUUAAGUACAUUCAUUCAAUUUGUUCUAAGAUGAUGUUGUUUCAAACAAAAUUAGAAUCGCCUUGUUACCUGAAGGUUUGCAUAUUUUAAAAUAACUUUUUUUCUAUUUCCAAAAGAAAUACAUGUUCAUUUUUUAAAAUAAUGAUUUAGACAAUACAGAGAAGUAACCGUAAGAUAAAUUAAUCCUUCAUCCCACUGGCCAGAACUAAUUGUUGAUUAGCACUGAUGGCUGCGAACAUUCACUUGGUGCUUACUCUUAUUAAGGAAUUUUCAUGUCUAGGGCUUCCCUGGUGGCACAGUGGUUAAGAAUCCGCCUGCUGCUCUUUUCUCAUCCCCCAUCCUAUGUGUGGUUGAAUUUGCUCCUCGCCAUGUCUUCUCACAAGACUUUCAGGAUCAAGCGAUUCCUGGCCAAGAAACAAAAGCAGAAUCGUCCCAUUCCCCAAUGGAUUCGAAUGAAAACUGGUAAUAAAAUCAGGUACAACUCCAAGAAAAGACAUUGGAGAAGAACCAAGCUGGGUCUAUAAGGAGCUUCACAUAUGAGGUGGCACACAUGUAUGCUAUCAAGGUCAAUUGCAUCUUACUGUAUCAGAACAUCACUAGUGUCUGGAACAGCUGCCUGUGUUUGAUGGGAGAAAUGGAAUGGCCCUCUCCUCUUUUUUUGAUCUUUCCUCACCACUGUUCACUGUGUAACUCAGAAAUAAAUAUGAAACCUUUUGUUGGAAAAAAGCAAAAAAGAAUCUGCCUGUCAAUGCAGGGGACACAGGUUCGAUCCCUGGUCCGGGAAGAUUCCACACGUCGCAGAACAACUAAGCCUGUGCACCACAACUACUGAGCCUGUGCUCUAGAGCCCGCGAGCCAUAGCUACUGAGCCCACGUGCCACAACUACUGAAGCCCACAUGCCUAGAGCUCG